AUGGCUUAUUAUCUCACUGAUGGUAUAUAUCCUUCCUGGGCUGCCUUUGUCAAGUCAAUAAGUUUUCCACAACUUCGAAAACACAACUUGUUCGUUGAACGUCAAGAGGCAGCUAGAAAAGAUGUUGAACUAGCAUUUGGAGUUUUACAAGCUCGUUUUGCUUUUCUUCAUCGCCCUUAUCUUGUGUGGGAUAAAGAUAUGAUGGGGAAAAUUAUGAUCGCAUGUAUCAUUAUUCAUAAUAUGAUAGUUGAAGAUGAACGACACACAUACCUUUAUUAUUAUGAUCCAUCAAAAUUUAUAACUACAGAAGACGAAGAAUCUUUUGAAUACUCCACUCAACGAAUUGGAGAUCUAUCCUGUUAUAUGACCAACAGGGCACAAGUUCGCAAUAGAGAAGCUCAUAAUGCUCUAAAAAACGAUUUGAGUGAACAUAUAUGGAAAAAAUUUAGCACUGAAGAAUAA